AUGCGGCCCACACAGUCAACUUCGCAUCCAUAUGUCCUGCACACGUCUCGAGGCAGUUUGCGGGGUGUAGAGCAACGCGACCCCUCGGGCAACAUCGUGCUCUACCGCUUGACCAAAGUUCCAUAUGCAUUACCACCCGUAGGUCCACGACGCUGGCGACGUCCCCAGCCACUACCAUCGGACUUCAGCUUCUCAUCGAGCGAAGGGCAAGAGACAGCGGCGGCAAUAGAAACGCCCGGCGACUACACCAAAUUCGGCCCCAUAUGUCCUCAACCACACUACGCCCACGGACUGGCCAUGGUUGAGAACGCGCACUCGGCGCCGCCCAUCGAAAAUGUCCAGGACGAAGACUGUCUGUACCUCAACAUCUGGGUCCCGGCAGGCAGCCCGCCGUCGAAGGAAGCAGGCUGGCCCGUGCAAUUCUGCCUGCAUGGCGGCUGGCUCCAGAUCGGCGACGCGAUGCAGCAGCACGAUCACGACCCGUUCGACCUGCUGGCUAAUACGGCGCCGAGGAUCGUGGUCUCGCCAACCUACCGCUUGAAUGUGUUUGGGUUCCUCGGCGGCGCAGAUCUGGCGGCGCUGCACGAGGACCCGACGCCCUCGAACUACGGGUUCUGGGACCAGCGGUGCGCGCUGGAAUGGACGGCGAAACAUAUUGGAUUGUUUGGCGGCGACCCGAACAACAUCACAGUUGGCGGGCUGUCCGCGGGCGCCAACUCGACGUUCUUCCAGCUGAAUUACGACAGCCAGCUGCCGGCGGAGCGGCGGUUGAUCAGGCGGGUGUUUCUGUGGUCCAAUGCCGUCGCGAUCCAGCCGAACCCGACGGCCUCGCCCAUCCUGACCUCGCAGUUCAACGAGCUGAGUGGUGUCUUUGGCAUUCCUGAAAAUGCGGCGCCGGCAGAGAAAUUGGAUCGACUCAGAGCCGUGCCGGCCACGGAGUUGGUGGCCGCGCUGUCGAAGCUGAAGAUGCAUACGUUCCGCGCCAGCACCGAUGGCGAUUUCAUCAACCCGACGUUCCUGGCGGCGCUGCAUAGCGGGACUUUCACGACGCGGCUCUUCCGCAACGGCACCUCCGUCCUGCUCGGCGAGGUCAGCGACGAAAAGGAACUGUACAAGCUGGUCAACCCGCCCCAGAACUACGAGGACCUCUUGACCCAGCUGGCCAACUACUACCCGCCACCUGUCGUCAAGGCACUUUUGGGCUUGUACAAGUUGCCCGAGAAGAAGUCUCCGGACGCCACCGCCUGGGCUGAGGUGUUUAGUCAAAUGGUCGCGGACGCCCAGGUGCAUGCGUCCCUGCGCGGACUUACGCAUGUCUUGUUGAACCCGCCCUCUCGUCCCGGUGUCACGCCGCUGCCGCUGACCCGGGUCCAUCGGUACCGCAUCGCCUGGCGUGCAAAGGCCCUUGACAACUGGUACAAGCCUGAAGUUGGAGUCUGUCAUUCCGCUGACAUCCCCGUUUGGUGGGCCUCCGGCUGGCGCUACGACUAUACCGAUAGCGACAAGGCCACGGUUAAGAAAUUUCUCGGGCCGUUCGGUCAGUUCCUGUACGGCGAGAAGGUGGACUGGCCGUGCAGUGGGGAGGAUCGGCUACGGCUGUUGGAUCAAGACGGCCAGAUCCAUGACGACGCCCUGGAUGAGUUAUGGGACCGCGGGUUGCAGGUCUGGAAUGGUGUUUGGGAGGCGCAGAAGGAGUCUGUGGCCACAGAAGAGGAAAGCAGUUUAUAG